AUGGCAAUUGAUAAAGGACCAGAAACUAUAAUUGACCUAGCUGCUGUAUUUUACUUGAUCAUGAAUGUGACAAGUAGUAAUAAGGAAACUCAAAGUGUUGUUUUCAAUCAUAUCAUCUCCACUCUCAACCCUCCAAUUAAUAACAAUGCUACUCUUCAAGAAAUUCCUUCUGAACUUGGUUCCUGUGAUUCGUAUUUUGGAUUAGAGGAGUAUUUUGAUGAUGAAGAGGAUGAAGAUGAAUCCGAUUCCAACUCUUCGAAUAAACCUCAAUCGACUCAAAAUAACGAUUCAAUUAAUCAAGAAGAUAUUAUGUUAGAUGAGGGAAGGGUUAAUUCAGAUUCCUUACCACCAAAUAAUCAACGAAAUGAAGAAUUUCUCCCCGAAUAUGUUGUUGUUGAGCAAAGCAAUACCCCAAUGUCAAAUAAUUUUAUUAACCGUCUGGAAUAUGAUUCGUAUUCAUCUGCUAUUUCUCAAAUAACAGAAAUAAUCAAUACUCAAAAUUUUAGUCACUUCGAUCAAUUAAGCAAUCCAUUUUCAAACGUGUGCAGUUACUUUGGAAAUAAUUUUUCAGUUUCACAAUUCAAUUCAAAUAGCCUCUCUCAAUUUAGUCAACCAAUAUUUUCUCAAAUACCAACAAAUUACACAGAAACAUCAUCAAGGGUUCCAGUUGACCAAAUCAUCGAAAAAGAGAUUGAAAAAGUUAUCAUCAAUGGAUUUUCAUGUUCACACUGCAAUAACCCUGCAUCAGUGUACUUUUCAGGGAAGUAUUCAGGUAUAGAUAGUCAUGAUUGUUUUUCAAAAUAUUCAAGAAACAGAUGUAGAAUGGAUCUAGAUUGCUUUGAGAAACUCCUUAAGGCACAAAAUCAUGAUUUGUAUCUUUGGUUUGAAUGUUUGUUAAAAACCAGAGAAGGAAGAAAAAAAGUAUUUGAUAUUUUAAAUAAUGAAGACAGUGAACGAAUUAAGGUGCUAUUUAAGGAGAGAAAGCAAACACGUAAUGUGGAUGAUGUGAUGUAUUGGAAAGAUAAUAAUUUAGUUUCUUUCAAAAUUGUGAAUAAUUUAAGAAAAGAAUGUACGCUUAGUGAUGAAUUACCACCAACAAAAGAUAUGAAGACACGAAAGAAAAUUAUUGAUGAAGAAGUGGAAAAAAUCUUCAAAAUUAUUGCUCCCUCAAACGGCAUUGUUGGUUUUAUUGCUGAUCUACAUGUGUCAGUUGAGCAAAUCUUGAAAUUAUAUAGAUGUCUUGGCGGGAAACAAUUACCAAAAACAGUUUAUUUCAAACUGUGUGUAGAUGGACGAGAGAUUAAUGGCAAGAAACAAAUUGCAAUUGCCCUUGUUCCUCUUAAUCUACGAGAUAUAUUUCCAACUCAAGCAGUCUCAUCUGUUUUCUAUAUUGGGCUAUUUCUUGGAUCAGAAACUAAAAGUUCAUUACCUGAAACAGUUGGUUCUUUAUCGGAUAGUCUAAAAUUCAUCAGCUCAACAACAUUCGAAAAUUCAAACAUUAAUUUUUUGAAAUUCAAAUAUUUGAAAAUGAAGAAUUUAUUAGAUACUAUUUAUCCAAACAAAACCACAGUCAGAAGUAGAAGAAGCAAUCUUCUUUUGGAUCAUAGUGGUCAUGUAUACAUGGUAGACAUCUGUGUGAGUAUUCAAUGA